AUCCUUAUAACCUUUCUUCUCCUCUUCUCCUUCUUCCUCUUAUGCAAACAUAUAUUUACAUAAACACACACAUAUAUAUAGUAAGAGAGAGAGAGAGAGAUCUAGCAAGAUAGUGAAAGCUUCAUAAUCAAUGGAAGGGGUUGACAACACAAAUCCUAUGUUAACCCUAGAAGAAGGCGAAAACAACAAUCCUUUUUCUUCCUUAGAUGACAAAACAUUAAUGAUGAUGGCUCCUUCGUUAAUCUUUUCGGGCGAUGUAGGUCCAUCUUCUUCUUCUUGUACUCCAGCAGGUUAUCAUCUAUCUGCUCAGCUGGAGAACUUUCGAGGAGGUGGAGGAGAGAUGGGAGGAUUAGUGAGUAAUAAUAGCAAUAAUAGUGAUCAUAAUAAGAAUUGCAACAAAGGAAAAGGGAAGAGAACUUUGGCAAUGCAGAGGAUAGCUUUUCAUACAAGGAGUGAUGAUGAUGUUCUUGAUGAUGGUUAUCGUUGGCGAAAGUACGGUCAGAAAUCUGUCAAGAACAAUGCUCAUCCCAGGAGCUAUUAUAGAUGUACAUACCACACAUGCAACGUGAAGAAACAAGUGCAAAGACUGGCAAAAGAUCCAAACGUUGUCGUAACAACCUACGAAGGUGUUCAUAAUCAUCCUUGUGAGAAGCUCAUGGAGACUCUUAGCCCUCUCCUUAGGCAACUUCAGUUCCUCUCAAGAGUUUCUGAUCUGUAAUUAUUGAAUGUUAAUUAGUGGUGUAAUACAUUAAUUAUGCUUUAAUCUCUCCAUUGACCCUCAAUCUCCAAAGAGACAAAUGUAUAGAAUAAAUCUCAUAACAUACAUGCUUUAGGUUUAUUGAGACAUUGAUCUAUGUUUGCUUUAAUUUGAUUCGUCUAAUUGUCCCU